UGACCUAGGGAUUCUCCCACUUCAACGGUCUGAUUUAUCCACUUGUCUAGCGGUCGUUCCUGAAGCUCCACACCACACUUCUGCUGCCGUCUCGCCAUGGCUUCUCGCCUCCACUCCGUCGCAGCGCACGGCAUCGCCACCCCAUCGUGCAACGCGGUUACCGCUUCGCCUGGCAAAUCGACUGUUACCGCCGGCAGCAGGUGCAACACUACCAGCUGCUCCAAUGCCGUCCACUCGUGUCGCCUCGCCGCGUAUCCCGCCGCCAAUCCCGCCGUAAAUCUCGCCGGGACCGCCGCGGGAUGUUCUCGCCAGCCACAAGCUCAUGCGCUCGCCAGCUGCUCCGCAUUUAGCGGGGCCUCCGCGUGGCGGCAGCGCGCCGCUGCGCAGACUGCGGGGAAUGCAGGAAACUCGGCGCGCGAGGCUCGGCCAGGGAUGGUAUUCGUUGUCCGUAGCGCCCUGGAAGCUUACGUCAUCACAAAGCUAGACUCGGCAGAGCGAACUUUCAAGGAGCUUUCUAUUCGUCUGGCAGAUCCCGACGUGGCGUCCAACGCGACUGAGUACAUGAAGAUUGCCAAGUCAGCCGGCGAGAUAGAGGAGGUGGCCCGAGCCUAUGGAGAGUGGAAGGACCUGCAGCAGCAACUGGUUGAUGCUAAAGCUCUAGCCAAGGAGAGUGCGUCGGACCCAGAGAUGGCGGAGAUGGCCGGGGAGGAGGUGAGGGAGCUGGAGGGGCAACUAGAGGAGCUGGAGGGGCGGCUGAAGGUGCUGCUGCUGCCCACCGACCCCCUGGACGCGAGGAACAUCAUGCUGGAAGUGCGGGCGGGCACAGGGGGAGACGAGGCCGGGAUUUGGGCAGGAGACCUGGUGAAGAUGUACGGCCGCUAUGCUGACAAGAAUGGAUGGCGGGUUUCCCCAGUCUCAUGCACUGAGGCUGAGAUGGGUGGGUUCAAGGAGUACGUUAUGGAGAUAGCCGGAGAGCGCGUGUACAGCAAGCUCAAGUACGAGAGCGGCGUGCACCGCGUGCAGAGAGUGCCGGCCACCGAGUCAGCAGGCAGAGUGCACACGUCUACAGCUACUGUCGCUAUCAUGCCUGAGAUAGACGAGGUGGAGGUGGUAAUUGAUCCCAAGGACAUUGAGCUGACAACCGCGCGAUCAGGCGGGGCGGGAGGGCAGAACGUGAACAAGGUGGAGACGGCGGCGGACCUCUUCCACAAGCCCACCGGGAUCCGCAUCUUCUGCACGGAGGAGCGCUCGCAGCUGAAGAACAAGAUCAGGGCCAUGCAGCUGCUGCGCGCCAAGCUGUACGAGAUCAUGCUGCAGGAGCAGCAGGACGAAGUCAGCUCUCGCAGGCGAUCGCAGGUUGGCACGGGCUCACGAUCAGAGAAGAUUCGAACGUACAACUACAAGGACAACCGAGUGUCAGACCAUCGCACCAAGAUCAACUAUGACCUCGGGUCGUUCCUCAACGGCGAUAUUGACAAUGCGAUCCAGUCCAUGGUGGCCAUGGAGCAGAAGGAGAUGCUGGAGGAGCUCGCAGCGUCCGUGCAAACCUCAGUUUGAGCCUCACAAGUUACAAGGUUACCGUACUGAAGGCAUACCGCAAGAAUAGCGGUUGUAGACAACUGGUGGUGAUUCAUGCAAGUGUGGUCUGGCCUGUGAUUGGUUGGAAUGGAAUGGCUCUCCAGGUGAGACGGAUAUAGGAAAACCGGAAAGUACCAAACCAAACCUAACUCUAAUUUCCAGUGAAGUCAAAACACAGAUUCAUUGUAACCAUAUCAUACGAUACCAUAGUGAAACCUGGU